GUCAAAAUCUCCGGAUAAAGCACUUGAACUGCUGCAUGAAUGGACUACCUGUGGUAUUAUACAGAUUUUUUGUUCUCAAUUAUGCAAAGAUGGAAAAUAUGUAGGGAUGUCAAAACAACAGAUACUAAAUUAUCUCUUCAAUGCUGUGAAUGAGAAGUCAUGUGGUCAUGGGAAAAGUAUGACGAAGUCAGCCCCUGAGCCGAACUCAAGUGAGAUCAAGUUACCUUACAAAACACUGAAAAAGAUUGUUGUUCCAGCCCUUCCAGUUAUUGCAAGCGCUCCAGGGUGUUUGUCAGGCAAAAGCACACCAGGGAGAAUCGAGGAUGGUGGGCACAAGGAUGGACCUUCAGAACCUAGCACAUCUGAUCAAGUAACCUCUCUUCCGAAGUCCUUAAACUUGGUGCCUCACAAGCAGGUGAUUUUAUUGGAGAAAGCACCUGGUUCACUGGCUCCCAGAAAAGGGAAUGGUAUCGAAUUGGGUGAUAGUAUUAUUGGAACAAGCUCUAGAUCUAGCAAUGAUGACCAUGUUCCUCAUCCUGGCCCUCUGAAACCUAGAAUAGAACCAUGGAGUCCAUCAAGCAGUAACCCCUCAGGGAAACCUGAUGACAUUGAGCAAACUGAUGAAAAUGCUUACCUGUUAUGUGUCAAGGUGAUCAGGCAGCUGGAAUGUGAGGGUCACGUUGAUGUCCACUUCAGAUUGAAGUUCUUGACAUGGCUAAGCCUACAGGCGACUCAGCGGGAAAAGGAAAUAGUUAGCGUGUUUGUGGAGACUUUCACCGACGAUCUAACAAGCCUUGCCAGCCAGCUACGUGACACCUUCUCGGAGGCAAUCUACAGCAAGAAGCCGCCUAUGGCACCAUAGUCUCUGCAUGAAACUUUACGACUGACAAUAGAGUUUUUUUUUUGUGUGAGCGAAAUGGGGAGUUUUUGGCACCAAUCUUACUUAGGAUAUAUUACUGGCCCCGUACUUUAUUAGCUGAUCAUUGCAUCAACUUCUCAGUGGAACAUUAUCCACUCUAGUAGUUUGUUUUGUUAACUUUCCGCCUGCAGCUCGAAGUUCAACAUCUUAACCAGUAUGAAGCAUCAGGAAAUUUGCAAUCCAGAAUAGCGUUAUUUUGAGAUCCUAAUGUUUAUGUAAGUGUGC